AAAACGCAAAUCACGAUCCCGGCGUUUGUCGCAGUCCAAUCGCAUAUCAUCUCUCGCACUCUCUCUCUCUCUCUCUCUCUCUCUCUCUCCCCCGCAGUGUCCCUUUAGGGUUUUAUGACAAUCAACAAGCUCGCGCCUUUCCCAAUGAGGCUGUAGAAAUGGAACACUUACUGGGUAUCGAGUGGAAGAACCCUUAAAUAUCCUUGUGCUCCUACGGUAUCUCCAGAAUCGUCUAUUUUCCUUCGACAAUACCAGUCAUGAGCGACGGUUCCGAAUUUCACGCACCUGAUUCCAAGGAAGAGAAUCCUGCUGUUACGGAGCCUCGCGACGGGAAACCCGAUGACAAGUGUUCCACCGCCGAGGGAGCUAACGGUGCUCUGUCGGAGCUCGGUUCGGGAGCUCAGGCGGUGACUGAGCUCGAUGAUAGGGUUUCGCAGAAUGCCAAAUCUGAGGAAGUAGCGGCUGGUUCGACCGAAGAUAUUAGGGUUAGGGUUUCUUCGGAGGAAGAUGGCGUACGCGCAGGUGACGCAUCAACCGUUGUUCGAUUUGAUGAUCCAAAUCAUAAAAUUGGUGACGAAAAUGAAUCGUUUCCCAGUCAAAUAUAUAGGCAUAAUCGUCAUGUUCAGCCUGAAUCAGACGCAAAGUUUCCUGGUUCAGAUAGCAAGUCUCUUCUAUCGGAAUUCGAUGAGUUCGUAGCUGCCGAGGGAAAUGGCAGAGCAAGAGGUGGAGCCUCCAGGGAUUUUGGGUUUGGUUUUGAAGUUGGUGACAUGGUUUGGGGAAAGGUGAAAUCUCACCCAUGGUGGCCUGGGCACAUAUUCAAUGAAGCAUUUGCAUCCCCCACAGUUCGUCGAACCAAGAGGGAAGGCCAUGUGCUGGUGGCUUUCUUCGGGGAUAGCAGUUAUGGGUGGUUUGAACCCGCCGAACUUAUCCCAUUUGAUGAAAAUUUCGCAGAGAAAUCGCAGCAGACAUAUUCUAGAACAUUCAUUAAGGCUGUGGAAGAGGCCGUCGAUGAAGCGAGUAGAAGACGUGCUCUUGGUUUGGCUUGUAGGUGUAGGAACACUGAUAAUUUUCUCCCCACGAAUGUUCAAGGGUACUUUUCUGUUGACGUGCCUGAUUAUGAGCCAGGAGGGGUGUAUUCCACUAGUCAGAUUAGGAAGGCAAGGAAUAGUUUCAAGCCUAGCGACACUCUGGCUUUCGUGAAGCAGUUGGCCCUGGCUCCUUGUGAUGGUGAGCAAGAGAGCAUUGGCUUCUCUAAGAACAAGGCUACGGUUUUUGCUUAUCGGAAGGCAGUGUUUGAACAAUAUGAUGAGACUUAUGCUCAGGCUUUUGGAGUGCAGCCAUUGCGCCCUUCUCAUUCUCAGAGUAAUAAAACUGAUCAGUCCGGGAGGCAGCCUCCUAGAGCUCCUUUAAGUGGUCCAAUGGUGAUAGCAGAAGCUCUGGGUGGUGGGAAGACCACUGGCAAAUCUGUAAAAGUUAAGGACACUUCUAAAAAGGAUAGGUACCUUUUUAAGCGGCGGGAUGAUUCAAGUAACUCUCCGCAGUUGGCAUACACUGAAGAAACACCUGAUGUAGCCGGUCGUUAUGUGUUGCAGAAAAGGGCUCCAGCUUUGCCUCCCGUGCCUCAUAAUUUAGAGAAGCGAGAAGGCACAGGAUUGUUUAGCCAUGAUGGUGCAAUUGUAACUUCAGAUGCCAAAGAAGCUGUGAUAAGUCAGGCCCAAACAGAUGGGGUUUCUCUUGCAUCCCAAAUCAUUUCAUCAGAUCCAAAGUCUCAUCUUGACAAGAUGAAGGGAUCUUCUGAAGGAGUGGCACACAACUUUGAACAAGAAAAUAUUUCGAGUAAAAGCAUGGGUAGGUCGGGAGACAUGGUAUUGCCAAGCACAGUUGAUGAAAAAUCUCAGAAUUGUCAUCUGGGGAGCCAAAUUCCUGUUGAGGUCAAACAUGAUGGGAAUGUAGAACUGUUGGGACAAAGUGAAGAUCAUAAGCAAAAAGAGAAAGGUCUUCCGACUCUUGCAGAUGGAGGAAAUGGUACACAUCAAGUUAAAAGUGAAAAUAACGUGAGUUUGACAGCUGGAGCAAAGCAUCUCGAAGUUGGUAAAGCAAAGAAGCUGAAAGGUCAUAAGCGACCUGCUGAUGACUUGAAGACCUCUGCUAUUGGGGAGAAAAAGAAGAAAAAGAAAAAGGAUGUCAACUUAAAACCUACAUCAGGAUACUUGGAGAAGCAUUCUACUUCUGGAAAAUCUGUCCCAAUUGUGACUAAGAGAGAGGAUUUUCAGGAACAGAUGCAGAUAGGUGAUAGUACCAACAAUUUGCCCCCCAUAGAUACCACAGGAGAUAGUUUCGAAUUGCCACAACUUUUGGGUGAUUUGCAAGCUCUUGCUUUGGAUCCUUUUCACGGUGCCGAAAGAAAGAUCCCUGCGGCUGUUCGACAGUUCUUUUUGCGGUUCAGGUCUCUUGUUUACCAGAAAAGCUUGAUUUUAUCACCACCAGCAGAGAAUGAAGCUCCUGAAGCUCGUGCUUCUAAGUCUUCUUUGAGUGCUGGGGCAUCUGUCAGCCCUGACGAUCAUGUCAGAGCCUCACCACCUGUAAAACCUGUAAAACAAAUUGUUCGGUCUGAUGAUCCUACAAAAUCUGGGCGGAAAAGGGGCCCCUCUGAUCGUCAGGAGGAAAUUGCUGCAAAGAGGUUGAAGAAAAUCAAACAUUUAAAGACACUAGCUGCAGAGAAGGGAGUGGCCAGUCAGAAAACUUCAGAAACCCGACGAGAAGUAAAAGAAUCCAUACCCCAGGCUCCAGCCAAGGUAGCGAAAUCAGAUUUUGCCAGAAAAGUGGAGCGUGCUGCUAAGGCAGUCGAGCCCACCAUACUGGUGAUGAAGUUUCCUCCACAAACAUCUCUUCCGUCUGUUGCAGAGUUGAAGGCAAGGUUUGCCCGCUUUGGCCCAAUGGAUCAAUCAGGUUUCCGUGUAUUUUGGAAGUCCUCAACAUGCCGUGUUGUAUUUCUGCAUAAGGCUGAUGCUCAAGCUGCCUAUAAAUAUUCUGUGGCAAACCAAUCGUUAUUUGGAAAUGUGGGUGUGAGGUGCUUUCUCCGGGAAUAUGGGGAUUCUGCUCCUGAAGUCUCUGAAGCUGCGAAAGCUAGGGGAGACGAUGGUGCCGAUGAAAUACCUCGGGUCAAGGAUCCAUCAGUGGUUCAUCGUCCAGCAUCAAUAUCAUCUCAGGCACAGCAGCAACCUCUUCCACAGCCAGUAAUCCAGCUCAAGUCCUGCCUGAAGAAACCAACUGGAGAGGAGUCAGGGCAGGUAUCCGGUAAUGGAGGUAGUAGUAAAGGAAACCCACGUGUAAAAUUCAUGUUAGGUGGGGAGGAAAGUAGUAGGGGAGAGCAAUUAGUGACAAGUAAUAGAAACAACAUCAACAAUGCUAGUUUUGCUGAUGGUGCUGGACCAACCAUGGAUUUUAAUAGUAAAAAGGUCUCGUCUCAACCACCUCUAUUGCCCACUCCCCCUGCUACUACUCAGUUUAUGAAAACCCCCCAACAUAAUUUGAAUAAUUCUGAAUUGGCAAAGGACCCCAGAAAUACUUCCAAUUUUAUAAACAACACCGCACCGGCACCUGCUACAACAGUUGAUAUAUCGCAGCAGAUGAUUAGCCUCUUGACGAGGUGCAGCGAUGUUGUGACUAACGUGACCGGUUUAUUAGGCUAUGUGCCUUACCAUCCUCUUUGAAACAAAAAUGCUACAAUAUUCAACGUUAAGCCAUAGCCAAUGCCGCAAAAUUCGGGCGAAUCGGAUUGUGGAUGACAUGUUAAUGCAAAGAAUACAAUACAAUACAACAUUCCUCCAUGGAAAUGAGGACUAGCGAAGUCCAAGUUGGUGCCCAAGAGCUGUCCAAGAUUGGUUUUACUUGCGAGGUGUUUUUGAGGGGCUCUAAAUUGUAAAUGCGCUCAUAUUGAAAGUAGCAUCUUCUUGUUCUUAGAUUAGCCGUCUUAGUACUUGAUUCCUUUUUUGUUUGCUUUCUUACUUUUCUAAAUCAUUUGGGAGGGUUGAGGUUAUUUUGUUUAUAUCACAACGCUAACAGCAUAAUGUACUCGUGUUGCCUACCCACCCUGUCCUUCUCGUUGUGUUUGACAUGACGAUUGUAUGACGCCUUUUUUCUUAUUUGCAAUGCUAUUAUUAUGCUUAAA